UAUAAGUGAUCCGUACGCAUUUAGGCUUGCAGUUUGACGAGGCGUCGUCGGAAAAAAUGUGCAUCUGUCCGGACGUUUAUUGUUUCUAGAUAAGUGCAUUCAGACAUGUGGGACUUCAUAUUAACGCUGACGUUGUUCAAUUUCACAAUUUUAUCGGCACCGCUACUCCUAGUCAGUUUUAUCGUUCUCAAGAUAACAUACGCACUAUGGUUGAGUUGUAUUUCCAUACUCCACCCAGAAGUGGAAUUUGUGAAAUACAUCACAGUCAGAACUAUGCUAGAUACCCACAGAAAUCAAGGGAUAAUAUCUGUCCUUCUGACGGUAAAGGGUCAAGCGCAGCCUGAAGCAGUAAGAAGACACCUACAGGAAGUGGUUAGGCGUAGGGACAAAUCUGGCAACGUAGCUUUUCCGAGGCUCAGACACUGUCUUGUUACAAGGUGUGGGACAUACGCUUGGCAACGUGGGAAGUUCGAUUUAGACCAAAAUCUAACCGUUGCCCCCUUCACUUUCAAGGGACGAGCCGUCACUGAAUUUAACAUACAGGAGUAUGUUUCCGACAUAGUCUCGAAGUACCUACCCGCUGGUAUCCCGCCAUGGCAGGUCAUCAUUAUACCAUCUUCCGAAGACAAUCACUACAUUCUGCUCAAAUUGCAUCACUUACUGCUUAGUGAGGGCCUCAAUAUUGGCGACCUUUUACCCCUAAUUCCACCAACAAGGCAGGCUAUAGGAUCCGCUAUUUCCAAGAGUCCCUUGGUGGAGGUCUUCAAAAAGCCAGUGGUCAUACCCAUCCUAAAGGAAAAACUCACCGAAGAACUGUCCAACCGCUGGAACGAAUUCGUCUCCAACUAUGACCCUUUAGAACGACCAGAACUUCUGAAAAACACCCCCACACUUACGCAGUUCUUUGCAAUUACUUUGAUUACCCUCGUUUCCUUGAUGAAGGAUUGCAGGAAAGGAUUUCGUGUGAUCAAAGACGACGCCUUCUCCAAAAUCAAGUACGUGUUCAAAGCAACGAUCAAAGAAACAACCAAAAGACAGGUGACUUUGAAGAAUUUGAUUUUGUCCAUCUUCGCGUCACUGGAUCCAAGGAAUCUGAUCAACUUUUUCUUCGGAAAUAUCUGGUACGUUUUCUUCGUCCUACCCAUCCGAAUACCAAUCACGAUCUACGCAGAAUUCUUGGCAUUGUACGCUUGCUUGACCCUGAAGUACUGCCCUUACCCCCACACCUUUGUUGGUGUCCUCUACACAUAUGUGCCGCUUUUCUACAAGUCUCUUUUAGAAGUCUUCUACAUCUUCGGCAUUCUUGUCUCAGCACCAAAAACUAUCGUACAAGACAUCCUCAUGCAGAAGCAAUCCGUGCAAACUAUAACACUGUGUGGUCGAAAAUCGGUGGCUUGGUCAGACUUGGUUAAAGUCGAAGCGAUAAAAAAUGUUGCCAGACAAACAGGAGUAUCAGAAACGGAAGUCAUGUUGGCAGCCGUGUCAAUGUGUAUAUCGAAAUACUUCGUGCAAACUAACCACUACAUUCCUGAGGAUUUGCCAAUAACUAUGAGACACAUCUCUUCCAACUACGUUUUUGCUACCGGACAAAACAUAAAACCAGAAGAUGCCAUGAGUGGAAUACUCUGCAUGAAUCUAGCUAUUCCGGACCCGGAAAAGGAAAUCACCGCACUCGAGAACUUACUGGAAAUUAAGAACAAGUUUAACUCUGCUAUUCGAAAGCAAGGGCUGUCGCAUCUGCUGACGAUGCUUCAAACUAAAUUCGGGAUUCUGACGAAGUUGCUGCCUUCGACCAUCGUCAGCAUCUAUCUGAAAUAUCUCUCGGCCAAAUAUGCGGUUACCGUCACAGAGGUUACGAGUAGAUAUCCAAAUGUGACGCAGAAGACGCUCUGGGGGCAAGAGGUAAACAGUGUAAUUUACUGGAGACCACCCCAAGCCAACACAAGCAUAUCCCUUUGUUUAAACGAAUACGCCGACCAUGUGAAAUUAGGGGUGAUGUGUGAUGCUCAAUUGGUGCCUCAUCACCCUUAUUUAGUGAGAGGAUUUCCUGAAUAUAUUCAGGAUUUGGGAAACGCAGCUGCUGUCGCUUAGAUAAGACUACAAAUACGUUAAUUGCUAACAAUCUGUAUACGCUUUUUAUUAAUAUUUCUAGCAUAAUCUCGAAUACGAAAAGAAUACCUGUAUAAUUUAAUAAAUUACAAAUUAUUGGUUUUUGAAAAUAAUGUUAUUUAAUACAAUCUUUUAAAAACCACAACAAUUUUUUAUGUAUAUAAUAGUAUAAUA